UGUACGUCACGCUGGAUGAGGACACGUCACACCCCCAGCUCAUCCUCUGGGCGUGUGGGAAGACGGUACGGCAUGGAGACACGCGGCAAGCCAUGACAGAUAACCCCGAGAGAUAUGACACUUAUGACUACGUCCUGGGCCGGGAGGGAUUUGUCUCUGGGAGAUACUUCUGGGAAGUGGAUGUGGGUAUGGAGGAAAGAGGAGUCUGGGCCAUGUGGAUGGCCAAGGAGUCCAUGAAGAGGAAGGGGUGGAUCAACCCAGCUCCUCAAGAUAGGAUCUUGGCUCUUUUGCACUGCAGGGGCAAGUAUUGGGCUCUGACCUCCCCUGACCACACACCUCUCAUCCUCACCCAGCUGCCCCGGAGGGUUAGGGUCUACCUGGACUUUGAGGAACAGAUGGUCGCCUUCUUCAACACUGACAACCAAGAUCUGCUCUUCACCUUCCCGCUGGCCCUGUUGAGUGGGCAGAGGAUCCGUCCCUGGUUCUGCAUGGGGCCCAUCACCCAACUCCACCUGAAGUCACCUCCUUCACCCCCAUGUGUCCCCAACGUGGAGCAGCCUCUGGUCCCUUCGUGCUUCCCACUGCAGAGCCUCCCCCAUGCAUACCAGAGAGCAGGACACAACCAAGACGUGGAAAUCCAUGCUGCUGUCCACAAUCAGACAUGA